AGCUAGUCCAGUGCCGGUAAAUAGCUCUACAAAAGCUUCAGCAGGAGAGAUGUUCAACGUCUACCGCCUGAAAGAGAAUCCAACGUGGGUGCGGUUUGGUCCGCGAGCCGCCCCCGCCGAGGAAUCGUUCAACACAACGACCUCUUUCUUCUCUGCGAGUACCAGACCGACACCUUCGACUUUACGAGGUGUGUCGGCGGACAACUCGCCCGAGAUGGAUCACACCAACAAGGGCAGCAAGCGACGAGGCUACCACCAAGCAACGGCCCCCAGCUUCUCCCCCGGUUUAACCCGCACGAGCUCUGACCGAGCGGAGGCGGAAACUCUCGUAGCUGCCGGUGUCGCAGCGGCCCUCCGCCAUGAACGACAGCAGGCGCAGCAGCGAGAACAGCAGAGUGGUCAACGCACCACCCGCACGUCCGUUUCUGCUUCUUCUUCUCUCUCCUCCAUCGCGAAAUCGGCAAACGCCGCCGUUGGCGCAACUUCCUGCGCGUCUGUUGCGCCGACUCGUGCUGCUCGCAGCACCUACCCUUCCGAGAACACGCCUGCGCGAGGCGUGUGCACGGCAGCCCCUUCCUACCAGAGCAGCCACCCGUCAAGUUUCUGCGGUAACUGCGCUUCUUUUCCUUCUUAUCUCCGCGACCGCACGAAUCUUCCUGCUGAAUGCAAGGGAACGGAGGAGAGGGCAAAUGCCAUUCGAGCUUCUCGAGCGUCGGCGAAGAACGCGCCCCACGGCUGCACCCAGGGGUCGUCACAAAGCUCCUUGUGUGGGCCAGGGGCGACGGACCAGACGGAGGUGCCAGUGUACGCCCGGCCCUCCGUAUCCACCGCACCUUCAUCCGGUUCCCGCGCCACGGUAACACACCUCAGCGGGCCAGCCGCCUUCGUCGACGUCGAAGGGCCGUUCGACUCGCUCUACGUCCCACUGCGGCGUCCUGCUCCACAGAACUGCGAGGCAACUCGUCAGCACUUCAGCAUCUUUGAAGCGGAGGGUAGCGAGCGUGUCGGUCUGCACACGGGAAGGAGCGAUAGGAGAGGCGUGACGACACGCGUGCAUCAAGUCGAUUACGCGCCACUCAGCGUUGCGCAGGUGAGACGUGGUGGUGCGGGUGGUGGUGAUGGCCUUCUAACAAGCAACAGCCUUUAUGGACAAGGGUGCUGA